AUGGCGAACGGCGACGACGAGGACGUGGACGACGUCGACGUCGUCGCGUACGACCCGAAUGACCCGCACGGCGACGGCCUGGAUGAUGAUUUAAUGGGUGACGAAGACGAUCGCGCGCGAUUACGCGCGAUGACGGAGCUCGAGCGAGAGACGAUGAUGUUGGAGCGCUCGGAGCGACGCCGGGCGAUCGAAUCGCGACGACGGAUCAUGGAGAUGGCGGCGCGAUCGAAGCGAUCGGUGAGCGACCAACGCACGGGGGCGCGCACGGCGUUGGAAAAACUGGCGGAGGAACGAUCGCGGAGGGAACGCAAGCGACGCGUCUUCGGCGACGACUCGGAGGAGGACGACGCGGAGGCGGCGGCGGAGUAUUAUUCCGACGACGACGCGCGCGUGGGGGACGGGAAGAUGGUGACGAAGAAACCGAAGCGGGGGGGGGCGUCGGAGGUGGUGGUGGAUGAAGAUGACGAUUUCGAUUCGUCGACGAAGAAUCAACCCGCGACCAAGGCGGAGAUUGAAUCGAUCACGAUUCGUCGGCAUCAACUCGAGUCUUGGAUCUCCGAGCCGUUUUUUGAAUCCGCCGUCGUCGGAUGCUUGACCCGAGUCGGGAUUGGAUUGAACAAACACGGUGAAAACGUCUAUCGCCUCGUCGAGAUCAGCGGCGUCGCCGAGGGUAAGUACAAGCAAUAUUCCUUAAAGCCGUACGCGUACGUCAAGGACAAGCCGCCGACGAACGUGUGGCUCGUCUUGAAGUGGGGCCAGAGCGAGAAGACGUUUAGAAUCUCCGAGAUUUCAAACUCGGCGACGCAAGACAACGAGUGGUCGCAGUGGGUGGCGCACUGUCGCGACGCCGGGUGUAAACCCAUUACGAGCGAGGACGUUCAAAAGGCGCUCGAAAACUUGAGGGAGGCGCAAAACUACAGAUACACCACGGACGACGUGACGAAAAUCUUGGCUCAAAAGCGUGAGAGACUCGGUGGGGUUCGACACAAUCUGUUGUUUGAGAAGGAACAGAUUCGAACCGCGAUCGCGCACGCCGAGGCGGAGGACGAUUUCGCAAAGGCGGAGGAACUCAGAGGACGACUGGAGGAGAUCGAUCGCGAGGUCAAAGCGAGGCUCGAACAGCGAUCGGGAUCGACGCAAGACGCUCUGGCGAACAUCAAUCGUAAGAAUGAGAUUCAAAACUCGGAAAAGUUGUCCAAGCGUGCGUCCGAACAAGUCGCGCGCUUGAAGAAGGGAUUGGCCAACACGGGCGAGGGCGAUCCCUUCUCUCGCCGACCGACGCGUCUGACGACGUACUGGGACAUGGGCGUGAAGGAGGACGGCGCUGAGGGGACGACGAAAGGAGAUGAAAAAGAACAACAAGCGGCGGCGGCGGCUUCGACGGCGACGAACGCCGAAGAUGACGAAGAUCACGACGAUAUUUUCCUCACCGCCGGCCAAUCCGCCGGAGCGGCGGAGAAGGAGCUUUGCGACGUCCUUCAACAGGCGCACCGCGAGACGUCGCUCGCGAUCGAUCUUCGUCGACUCGACGCACCGAGCGAAGCGGAUACGUUCCGAGAAAAGUCCACGCGAGGUAUCCUUCGACGAGGCGCAGCUCUGUUGAAAUCGUCCUACGACGCCGCUCGCGCCGCCAAGCUCGCCGCGACGCCGACGUCUCGCGCCUUCACCGUCCAGGAGUACCUCGCCGAGUUCGCCUAG